GCUUUCAGUUUAACUCCAGAUUUAAAAAAGGAAAAACCGCGCGCGCCGUGCAAGUUCCCAACGUUACGUAAAUUCCAACAUAUUUUUUCAAAAAAUUCAUAAUUAGGAAAAUAAGGUGCUACAAUACCAAAUAAGUAAAACGAGUGGCGUUUUAAGUUUUGAUUAAAAUGUAGUUACAAAAAGUGAAAAUGGCCCUUUUGGAGUCCUGUUUUUGUUGUAGUUUAGCUAUCGCAGCGGGAUUUUUGGCCGUUUAUCUGCUGAUAGCGUUUUUGAUCGCAUUUGGAUUUGAGUUAUUAUGGAUUUUGGAAUCUGAAGCUGCAUUGCCUACCGCAGCAGUUCUCCUAUGCGUCGGAUAUUUUACGCUCGCACUUUUUGCGGCAAUUCUUGUGCACGGAUUAGCAACGAAAAACACAGUAUGUCUAGUGGUAUGGAUGUUUGCUGUAAGCGUUCUGAUUUUCCCCGAAGCAGGGAUGGUAAUUUACAUGAGCAUUCAAUAUUGGAGGAUCGAAUCUCAGUACGGCAUAACAGAAUUAGUGUGCUGGUUUGCACGAAUUCUGGCAAAUGUGAUAGAAAUAAUUAUAAUACAAUCACUUUACUCGAUUUGGAAAGAAGAAGAGUUGGUCACCAAGAGGUUACGUGAUCUCAACGUAAUGAUACCGAUACCAAGAGAAACUAGUCUUAAUAGUGUAGUACAUAAUUCCAUUCCCGCUUAUCAAAAUAAUGCCUUUGAAGGUUCCAUUGAGCAGCUUAAUUCUAACAUUAAAAGAAUGGGAUCAAUGCCUCAGUUAUGGAAUGGUAAUAUUCCGAAUAACUUAGCGUCACUGCCAUUUGAAGGGUACCAGUUCUGCACAACUCAAAGUGAGUUCAACGCAAGCAUCUUUGUGCCAAAUUACGUAAACGAAGACGCUCAACUACCUCCUGCAAAGAAAGCACAAUCAUUAAUGGAUCUCCGAACCAUUGAGGACAGCUUACCGUUAGGUAACGAAAAAUUUAAUCAACAGUGGCAGCCUUGGAUGUCACAGUCAAUUACAGAAACUAGUAGCGUAAUUCUACCAAAUUAUACAAAAUCAACGGAAAAACCUCGUAUAUCAAAAUAUGCGUCUGUUGAUGCGUUAAAUGACAUAAAUCGUAAUCACCACAUCAUUAAAAAUCGCACCGGUUUUUAUGCGCAACCAAUUGCCAAUUACGGCGUGCCGAUUUAUUAUGGUCCUUUAGAUGGGCCCGAUUUCUUAAUUUAUAAGAAAAAGUUGGAUAAGUUAAAUAGUAAAAAUUCGAUUAGCAAUACAUCAGUGGACGAUGUGCAAAAGUAUCGCGAUGUCGCGUUAUAAGUUAUUUGUAUUUACACAGAAAUGUGGUGCUCGCUUAAAUAAGUGUGAUAAAUAUUUUGUUAAUAACGUAUGGGUAAGUUUGUAAAUAAAUUUUGGGAAUUUA